ACCAGCGGCUCUCCGCCUCCUGCCCUGUUUGGUCAGAGUUUCACUCUGGUCGGAGAUCAGGUGUUCAUGUUUGGAGGUUAUGACGCAGGUGGAAACUUCUGUAAAGACUUGCAUGUUCUCAGCACAGAGAGCUUGGUUUGGCAGAAAUGGGAGGUGAAGGGAGAAUCACCGGCAGCCUGCAGCGGACAAACACUGACCGCACACCAUGAUAAAGAUAUCUACCUGUUUGGCGGCAAAAGCACAAAUGAGGACGACACGGUGACGUCUUCUAAUGAAAUCCAUAAACUCAGCAUCUCUAAAAUGAAGUGGAAAGUUCCUCUGUAUGUUGGGAUACCUCCGGCUCGACGACACGGACACACCGCCUUUAUCCUCCGCAGCCACGUCAUUGAUGAAGGAGAUUCUGUCGGAGUUUGGUCUGCAGGGCGUCAGCCACAGCUUCACUCCCACAAAAUUCCCAACGUUCGCUACGAGCUGAGCGAGUCUGCUGCGUUCAGCCCGUCCAGGAGCGCAGCAGCAGCUCAGGUGUUUGUCCACAGAGACUUCAGUGCAGUUCGAGAUCAGGCCAUGAAAAUGAUCCAGACGGCGUUCACUCUGCUCGACCAGGAGUUCCACAAACUGGACCAAGAGAAGUCAGAGUUGUCUCAGGGUGUUGCUGCUCUGCAAAGAGAGAAAGAAGCUCAUGAAGCCUGCAGACAACAGCAGCAACAGGAGCUGCAGGAGAUGCUGGACAGACAUCGCUCUCAAAAUGAGGCGUGCUCCGAGCGAGAGCCGAGGAGAACGACCGUGAGAGGAGGGAGCUCUGCAGACUCAGAGAGGAGGUGCUGCAGGAGCAGGAGAGGCUGAAGGAGGAGCAGAGCAGCAUCCAGAAACGCAGCGAACAUCUUCUGUCCAUCAUGCAGCAGUUCAAAGGAAUGUGAGACGAGUCGAUGGUUAGAUAACUCGAGAUAAUGUUGUCCCUUUGUUUUAUUUUCUACACUUUUCGUUAACUUUGGUCCCUCCUCCUUUGAUUGAUUGAUUGAUCGAUUAGGGUAUGAGUAUUUUAUAAUAAACGCUACAUGUAAAAUCUCACAUGGUGUAAAUAAUUUACUUCAAAAUCAGGAACUAAUGCAGUUUCUGGGGGGAUACUGUGUAACUCAGCUAAUAAAUAAAAAUUGUGAUUUGAUUAA